GUUACAUUGGAAAACUCCAGGGGUCUUGUCUGUGACAGUAAGCAGACUGGGAAGCCAUAGUGGGUCUCCAGCAGGUUUCUGUCACCUCCCCUCUCAUCCUCCCUCCCUUCAUCUUCCCCCUUCAGACGCGAGGGUUUCCCCUCCUCACCCACAGAGCUGUAGAAAAGCCCUCAGUGUCCUGAGCUCUUCCUGUCCCCUGUCAUCGCUCUCCAUCGUCACCUGGCCAUCACACUCUCCUCCGUCCGCACAGAGCAAAGUUCAUCCGGUACAGCUGGUUUCCAUGGGGACCACAGGCGCGACAACAAUCCUCCAGUUGAGUGUGUUAUCGGGAGUCUUUGUGGAUGCCGCUUUCUUCCUCACAGGGUCGCACAGUUCCAAGUGUGACAGCACAGUGGAUUCCCUGGACUUAAGCUACCUCCUGUGGUGGAGCUGUUCCCUUGACAACCUAAACACCACCUACACCGUCCAGACCAAACAGCAGGGUGAGCCAUGGCUGAAUGUGACAGGGUGUGUGCGUGUGUCCUCCCCACACUGUGACCUGACCCGGGCCUUCCUGGACCUGAACCUGUACCACCUGCUCCGCCUGGGGCUGCAUGUGGGCCCACAGGACCUGGUGUGGACAGAACCACGCAGCCUGGACCACGAGGACUUCACCUUCAGCCCUCCCUCUGUCUCCGUCUCCCUGGACAAGGCUGUGCUGGUUGUGGAGGUGCAGUUCCCAUGUUCAGCCAGCAGGAGGUGCUCUCUAAGGAGCUGCUGUCCUGUGUCAGAGUUCAUCGACCCCUGGACCACCAUCACCGUCUACAACCAGCUCAACCUCUCCCAAUACCAGAGGCGGACUGUGUGGACCCUGGACGUGGUGGCCAGGGAGGAGUUCUCAGAUCUGGCUCCAGGACAAGUCUUCUGCGUUGUGGCCAACUUCUCCCUCCAACCCCGCUCCUUCACCCCAGCAUCCUCACCCCCCUCACCCCCCCAGUGUGUCCCCACAGCCCCCAGACCAGGUUCUCAGCAGCCUGUGUUGGUGUGGAUGGGGGUGAGUUGUGCCCUCCUCUUCCCCUCCCUCCUUCUCCUCCUCCUCUUUCUGAGACGGACUCGGACACCAAACACGACGGAAGAGCUCCCCAAGGCGCUGAUGUCCCUCUAUAAGCCUGUGUCCACUGACGCCGUCCACCUCAGUGACAUCCACCUGGAGGUUCUAGAAGAUCACAUGUCCGUCCUUUCCUCCCCCGCCUACGUCAGCACAGACACCCAGGAGCAGGCCUCGAGCACAUCCUCAGCCCCCUUUCCUAGUGAGCCCGAGUGGGGCUGAACUCGGGCCGUGUAGGGAAGGAGCUCAGCGGCCUGGUGUCAAGCCACAAGCACAUCAUCCGACGCAACGGUGUACCUCUCUGCACUAUGUCGACCCGUGCCACCAUCUCAGCACCCAGGACCAGAGGUGGAGCCUUCAUUGCCAGGCAACCAGAGGCUUCCGGGGGAGCUCUGGGAGGUGUGGAUCUGGCUCUGAGGGAGAGAAGGUGGAGAAGGAGCAGAGAUGCUGGUCCAGUCCAAGGAGCUCAAGGUUCUGGAGGAAGAGGAGGUACCAGGCUCUGAGCCAGAGCCCAGUGCCAUCUACAGAGGUGAGGCUCAGAGAUGGCAUAAAAAAACAACAACAUUUCAUUCCAGAGAUUGAUUAUGGGGUGCUGUUCACCAUGGAACAUUCCGAACCCUCUAAAUCUCCCCACAGCCCACUUGCUGGCUCACAGCCCCCUGCUUCAGCUGUGGUACGGUCCAGACCACACAUUAAUCAACACGAAACCAAUCAAACGUUUGGCAUCACCGCCCCCCUACCCCCCUCCUCCGACAUAUGUUCUGCCCAUACCUCCUCACGUUCUCUAACAAGCGCUUUUUUUCUUCAUUCGCUGAGUCACUGACUAACAGUUGCCUCUA